GGACGGUCGACGAUAUCGGUAGCUCAGGAGCUACCCCUUCGGCUGCUGGCUUGGUUGGCAUCUUUGUGUUAACUAAUUUUGUUCCAAGUGCAAGUGAAAGGCAGGCGGAAAGUGCAGCGAUUGACGAAUUCUGGCCAUAAUCGGUUGUGAAGCCCGCAGGGUUGCGAAGAUCGGUACGGCACUGGUCAAGAGUGGUGGAAUGAUGUUUGUAACGAUGGUACAGUCUUUCCCAGGCCAGUUUGCAUCGUAAAAUUUUAAUUUCGUUAAACAAGUUUCGCUCGGCCGACUACGUGUUGAUUGGGAUGUUAUUCGCUUCCACGUAAAAUAACAACUAAACCAAGCAGUGUGCUAUGUUGUUGCAAAGUGUGUAAAAGUGUGGGGCCGUGUGCGUUUGUGUGUGCUAAUAUAGCGCAUAUAUUGUGCUAUCGUGCUAAUAUAUUGUGUAGUGUCCUGGGUACAGCGCGCGACGUUCGGGCAGAGCAGGAAGCAGGGCCCACGAGCUGGUGCGCUGUGUUGUGUAGUUGCAGAAAAGAAAGUGCUCGCAUCUUCUUCGAACUCAACAACUCGCGAACGAUAUCAAAAUGGCCACGAGCGACGAUGAACAUUUCCAUCUGUACGAGGUGUUCCAGAACUGUUUUAAUAAAAUAGCCAACAAGCAGCCGCCUGAAAAAGCCGGCUACCAGUCACCAUAUGGCGGCAUGGACAAUGGAGUGUACGCGCCGGAGGAGUACACCCACGAGAGUCCGGUGUCCGGCGGGCAGCGGUAUACGUCGCCGAAGGCUGGCGGUGCCCUGUACCAGCCGGAACCGUACUACGACUCGCCCGGCGGUUCCUGGUACCCUGCGUCGUCGAGCGGUGCGUAUGCGCCCCAUUCCGGCACCGGAUAUCACAACGUCGGGCACGGUGCCGGCCAUCUAGGAGGAGGUGGCGGCGGUGGCCCUCAGCACAACCAUGACCAGUACGCCAUGUCGCCGGUCGGCGUCCCGCACAUGGACGGUAGCCAUCUAACGCAGAAUCAAACGCAAGCACUUCCACCGAUGAGCACGUUCCGGGGCAACAGCGCACAGAUACCGGCCAUCGGGACGCAGGGCCAGAAUUCACCCGCAAUCUACAACGCAAUCGCCGCUGCCGGCCACCAUAAUCAGCAUGCGCAGCACAGCCCUAUCGUACAAAACGACACCAUGGUCGGCAAGGCACUGCAGACGAUGUACCCUACCGACCAGAGCAUAAGCAGUUACGGGUCCAACCCCAACACCCCAGUGAACUCCCCUCCGCCACUAACGUCCCAGCAGCAGCAGCAAGUCCAGCAGCAGCAACAGCAGCAACAGUCACAGACGUCACAGCAAAGUAUUCACAGUGGUAGCGCUGUCGGGGCUCCGGGCGGUGGCAGCGGAGCGAAUGUGGCGCCCGGAGGCCCCACUUCCGUCAGCGGUGUCGCGUCGGUGGCCAGUGCGGCGGCCGUGGUGGCAGCGGCGGGUGGAAGCUGGCCCCAGAUCAACCCAGUGAUCGGUAGCAACGGUGGGCCGGCCGGUCUCAACAGCCUCCCGAAUGGUUCCUACGCUCCCGAGCUCGUGCACCGAGGUCUACCGCAUAUGGCCAAUUCCCCCGAGAUACAGCAGAUAGAGGAGACGCUCAUGGUGUCGCUACUAAGAGAGCACGACAACAUUUCGUCGUUGCAGGGUUCGCGCAUGGAGGAGCGGUUGGGUGAUGCGCUCGAUGUGCUGCGGAAUCACUGCGAGCCCCAGGUCGGCGUGUCGCUCUCUUCGAUCGAUCCCGCCGCCACUGCGUCCCCGUACUCGACCGGCGGCGGCGGUGCGGGACCGAUCAUUCCACCUUCCUCCCAGCUGCAGCACGAUGCCCCGUCCGAACUGUCGGCCGCGCCGGUCAAAUCGGAACGACUGCCCAACAGUGCCGCCGUGAACGUGAACAACAUUUACCAUCUAUCUGCAGAGAAACGUAAAGAACCGCCAGAUUCCGAUACCAAGCCCAGCAGCUCGGUGCAGGGUCCAGCAAAGGGUGCCAAACGGCAGCGCAAGUAUAGUAAAACCUCGCGCAGUUGUUCCAGCGCGGACGACGACGAUGAUGACGACGAUUUAGAUCCGCUGGCCAAGGAUCGGAAGGAGCGGGAGCGAAGGCAGGCAAACAAUGCCCGCGAAAGAAUACGUAUUCGGGAUAUUAACGAAGCGCUGAAGGAGCUCGGUCGUAUGUGCAUGUCGCACCUGAAAUCGGACAAACCGCAGACCAAACUGGGUAUACUGAACAUGGCUGUUGAAGUGAUAAUGACUCUCGAGCAACAAGUGAGAGAACGCAAUCUAAACCCUAAGGCGGCCUGCCUGAAGCGGCGAGAGGAGGAAAAGGCUGAGGAUGGCCCGAAACUACCUCCGCACAUCCUGCACCAGUCGGGCUACCCUGCGCUACCUGGUGCCCCGCCAACUCUACCCCACAGCGGACCACCACAAUAGCAUACCAAUUUCACCUGUUACCUUCGGAGGUAACAACGUGCACCACUCUCUUUCGUAACCUUCCCCCCUUCCCCUCCAGAACACUACCACAACAACAGUCCAAUACAAUUAGUUAAAAGCCAAUGAUGAAGAAGAUGAUGAGGAGGGAAGGAAGAAAUUACGGCACAAAGGGCGCGCACGGGCUGUGCGGACGUUCGCCCGCACCAGAAAGCUGAACAAAGCUAAAUAAUGGCAGAAAAAUCGAAAAAAAAGAAUCAAUAGGAAAAUGAUACAAAUAACCGGGGUUGGAGAUGACUUCGUGGACAUUAAUGUAAAUAUUGUAUGGAAGAGAAGAUGUCGCGGGUGAAUCAGACGCUGUGGUUUAAAGUAUGUUGCUGCUGAGUCUUCGUCCUAGUGUAACAGCGUGACGGUACUUGUAACAAAAGGGUGCGAUCCCCCUUCACGAAGCCCCAAGAUUACCGAAGGCCGGAGGGAGAGGAAUGCGUAAUCUGCAUUCAAGAGAUGCAUAACGACGCUCAAAAUGCUGUUUCAAGAUGAUCGGCGAUACCAUGAACGACGAUAAUCGGCACACCUGUGUAUGUUUUUAGAAGAAAUGCAUUAGGUUAGGAUGAUUUUAAGGAUGAGGUGAAGUGCGCGUCUGCUGGACGAAUGGGGACGAACCGUACCACAAUCAUCACUCGCACAGCAUGAUGAUGAAGGGCUACGUAAAUCUGCCAGCAAUGAUCGAUCGAGCAGGAGUAACAGAGGGUUUUUUCUUGUUAUAAAUCGUGUGGAUAAAAAAGGAAAACGGAUACUUGGUGUGUGGUAGGGAAUGUUCGCGAGGCGCUGGUGCGAAUGGUGUAGUGUAGACAGAAUGAAACAGUAAUAAUAUCUUUUAGUAUUCCCUAUAUAUACACACACACACAGACACACAAACAUAUAUAUAAUUAUAUCGGUAUAAACAGAAGCAAAAGAAAUCACAACACAAACGUUGCGGCACGCCAUUGUAGACAAAAGAUUCAGUAGGAAAAAUUUCCGUGAAAUUACGCCAAGAAUCAACGCGACAAAACCAGGAUAUCGAGAGAAAGUUCAUGCGUAUCUUUUUGUUUUUUUUUUUUAGUUGUUAUAGUGUAUCUUCGCGUUUCUUUUGCGUUGGAUGAUUGAAUCAUCCGAGGUAGGCAAAGGGACACGGGUAAAGGUUUAAAAAUUGAGCACCGCCACCGUUUGAAUCAUGCACUGAAAACUGAAAGCCAAAUUGCGAAACAAUCAAAGAGACAAUUCAGGCAAAGAGAUUGGUUUGUUUGUGUCGGUCAGCUGAUGGUACAAAAAGUAAGCAUUUGAGGCGAAAGUAUUACCAUACUUUUUAAUUCUUCAAAACAAGUGCAUUUGGCAUAUGAAGAUGAGCUAAGAGUACUUUGCUUAAGCAAAAACUAUAGUUGUUUUAACCUCUCAACUGUCCGACAGCUUAACGAAUUGGUUAAAAUAUGUCUUCUCACUUUUGCAUAACAGAUCACGCUAAACCACAGUACGGCAGAUUUUAUGGAAGACCAUU